AGUACCCGGUUGACAGCCGGCGAGGCGGCGGUGUGAAGUGAUAAAUGCAUGCUCAUAUACGCACGCCGCCUCUGCGCGAUUUUUCUACAUUUGUAAAUAAUUUUUGUACACAAAUGCCCGUGAAGUUUCUACCUAAUUAUAGAAAAGUGUGUGAAUUAACAGUUAUAAAUCUCAAUUUAGAUGUUUGGAAAUUAUAGAACGAUAGAUACACUUUUGAUACAAUCUUUAUUAAGAAUAAAUACAUGUUUUAGUUCCUUACGAAUAAGUGGUGUUAAAUUAAAAUAAACAAAAAACAUUUUACUAAAGAGGUCGGCGUGUAAAUUCUGUGCUGAUUGUGACUAUCGCAAAUAUUCAAGUAUUACUUGUGGAUUGUGACAUAAACCUAUCAAGAUAUUCCUGUUCAGGGAAAUGUACCUCAGGGAAAUUUACCUUAGAUUUGGGUGAAUUUAAAAAUCGACAAUGGCGGAUCGCGAACGUCCUGCGAAAACCCCCAUCAGGGUGGGUUUUUAUGACAUUGAAAGAACUAUUGGCAAGGGAAAUUUUGCCGUUGUUAAGUUAGCACGACAUCGAAUAACGAAGACUGAGGUAGCAAUUAAGAUAAUAGAUAAAUCCCAAUUAGACGCCAGCAAUCUUCAGAAAGUAUACAGAGAAGUCGACAUCAUGAAGAGGCUGGAUCAUCCUCAUAUUAUUAAGCUUUAUCAGGUCAUGGAGACGAAAAAUAUGAUCUACAUAGUUUCCGAAUACGCAAGCAAAGGAGAAAUUUUUGAUUACAUCGCAAGGUAUGGCAGAAUGGCGGAGCAGGCGGCGCGUAGAAAAUUCUGGCAAAUUUUAUCUGCUGUAGAGUAUUGCCAUGAAAGGCGAAUAGUUCAUAGAGAUCUCAAGGCCGAAAACUUAUUACUGGAUGCAAAUAUGAACAUCAAGAUAGCAGAUUUCGGCUUCAGUAAUUACUACGCCGCAGGGGAACUGCUGGCGACAUGGUGCGGAUCCCCACCAUACGCAGCACCCGAGGUUUUCGAAGGCAAACGUUACACGGGCCCUGAAAUUGACAUAUGGAGUCUGGGAGUGGUGUUGUACGUUCUAGUUUGCGGCGCCCUUCCUUUCGACGGCUCCACCCUUCAAUCGUUAAGGGAUCGUGUGCUAUCGGGAAGAUUUAGGAUACCUUAUUUCAUGAGCGAAGACUGUGAAUCAUUAAUCCGCAAGAUGCUGGUCCUGGAGCCAAUGAAGCGGUAUACCAUAGAGCAAAUCAAGAAGCAUCGAUGGAUGUCAGCGGAGCCGUAUGUAGUGUCGACUGCAGCAGGUGAUCCGAUGCGUAGUCCUGCUCAUGUGCCCGCUCAUCAUGAGCCCAACGACCAGGUGUUACGAUUGAUGCAAAGCUUGGGCAUAGAUCCUGUUAAAACCAAAGAGAGCCUCCGUUCGAACAGUUACGACCACCACGCAGCAAUCUACCUCUUAUUAUUGGAAAGGUUAAGAGCUCGAGCAGCGAGCGGCGCCAACAGUUCUAACUCUGAAGCUCGUACUAGACCAUCUAGACGACCUUCUUCUGUGGCUGAUUCUGCAUUGGCCAGGGAGGCUCAAGAAGCAAGAAGGGAACAUCACAAUCGGCUGCUACACUCUGGUGAAGGCCAGGUAAGAGAAUAUAGCCGUGCCACACCCACACUCACAGCGGCUUCGGCUGACUCCUCCUCUGCUGAGACCCAGCGAUUGCUGUCCCUCGCAGGCGUCAAUAUGACGGAACAAAGACUGCUCCAGCGAAAUUCCGAUCCAUCGGACACGCAUAGGAGUUUUCUAGUCAGUAACAUAGAUAGCAUCACCAAAACUCAUGAAAGUGAAUCGACGAGGCUUCUUUCCAUGAGAAACAUUGAUGUAACCCAAUCUAACCAAAGGCUAGGUGCGAAGUUAAGCGAAACUACUGUCCCUACACACAGAUUACUAACCACCACCUAUGAACAACAGCAAAACAUAUUGAAACAGUCAAGCGAAGAUUGCAGAAGACUAUUACAGCAGUCUACGACUGUAGGUCCUGAAACAAAUAAAAACCCGAAUGACGGAACUAGAUUACUAACGUCGUCCAGUUUCGAUUCUAAAUGUGCAAUAGAUGGAGGUCGAAGUUCAUCAGCGGCUGACCACAAUGUCAUUGCAAAUUUUCUCCAAAAUUCUGCUUCGGCUACCAAUUUUAACGCAGAAACUGUAAAACUACCUAGUUCGACUACAUUUACUAUGUGCUCAGAGGCUGCAAAGCUAAUGAAUACAUUGCAACAGUCCCCUCUACCAUUAAAAGGUACUGUCAAUUUGAGUACUAGUCCGAUACCUACACAGCUUACUGAUACAAAGCUUAGUAGUGUGUUAGAACAACCGAAGCCUCUGGAAUCGACAAGACUAGUAUCCCAAGCACAACAACAGGAUCUUAGCAGAUUGCAAACUAGCACUCCGCCGUUUAAAGACUAUAUGAACCACCAUUUACCUGCAUAUUCGUACUUACAAAAUGCAGUCUUACCACCAAUUUCCAAUACGACUGAAUCAGCAAAUUUUCCCAUUAUAUCUGGAACUGGUACAAAUGAGUUAUUUCCGACCUCAUCAUUAUAUAGGCCAGACAGCAAAUUUUCAUUAAACAGAUAUACGACUGGUCAAACAUACGCCCAAAAUCUUCAAACUAAUCCACCUGAGGCGACAAAAUUUCAACAACAGUAUUCGUCCUCAACAGAUGAAGGCUGUGAAACUGAUAUGGAAGAUGUAGCAAGUAUUCCUAGCGGAGUCCAAAAUCGGUUGAGUUCUUACGCAAGUUCCAGUUCAAGCAGUGGAGUUGUCACAUUUUUCAAUAACAAAAGUCUUAGCCAGAACCUAAGUUGCGACUCUUCACAAAGCAACUUCUCUACUUUUGAAAGUUUAGAUUAUCAAUUGUCUGAUUGUUCGAGUGAGUUAGCUAGCAGUUUACCUAGUUGCACGUCUAAUGAAGAUAAAUUAGCAUACGAAAAUAGUUCCUUAGUAAAUACAAGUCCAAUGCAUCCGUGUGUUUAUAUAUCUUCGUACAAUAAUAAGAAUGCUGGCACUGGUUUUAUAACUAGGCAUAAUCCAUUGAACUAUCAAGCAGGUAACAAAAAUUGUCCACGUGCAAUCACAAGAAGUCCUGUGGAUUUUAGAGAGGGACGCAGAGCAAGUGAUGGCCUAGUUGCACAACAAGUGGCACAGUCAAAUGAAACUCAAAAGAAUAGCUUAGCAUUUAAUAGUCAACGACUAAAUGAAAAUUGCAAAGCGAAAGGAGUAUUAGAAUUGCAUCUAGUCCAAAAAGAGGCCCAAAAGCUAAAAACUCAAUAUCAAGCUUCUCUCCCUGCUGAAGAAAUGACGCAAAGACAACUUCAGCACAACCAAUUUGCAGCAAGUUUUAGUCCUCAUUAUUUGGAUACUAAGACACCUACACCUAAACGUAUUAGUCUUCCAGAAACGUUCACUUACUCGAGUACAUCACCUCCAAUGCCAGCUAGUCCUAAAAUGGUAGCUCAACUUCAGGAAUCCUCGGAUUUGCCCCACGCGGCGACAGUAUCCCAGUCGACUAAACCCCCGCUACAACAACAAUUGAUGCAACACAGACUGUAUCAGCAGAAACGUCAAUUACUUCAGAAACAGAUGACUCCGCCGAACGUCCCCACUCAUGAUUUAGGACCUCUUCAUAAUUUACAAGUUGGGCUCAGCCGGAGACAAAUGCUGCGACAACAGAGUUACAAAAUGGCGCAGCAACAACAAAUAAUGCCUCCUUUACCUUUAACUGAAACGGAAAAUAGGGACUUGCUAGCGUUCCAAGCAAUCGUCGAGGGGCCCAAUCGAACGGCAAAACCGAAGCCGGAAGAGAAUCAGGAGGAAGUAUCAAAAUUUACUUAUCAAGGGUCAAUGGAGAUAAGCAUAAUGAAUAAGGAAAGGUUGGGGAGCGAGAAUUGGAGCAAUUUACCGUCGAGUCUGCAAAGUGCGUGUCAGAUCUCUGAACUGGGGCGACGUGAGGUACGCGAGGGGGAGGGCACGGGGGGUGCGGGGGUGUCGGGUGAGACGGCGCCGCCUUGGCCGGCGCAUUGGAACGCGGCGUUGUUCCCGCCACAGCCAUGCUUCCAGGUAUUCCAACAGAUCAACUAGUAGAUCGCCACGCUCGACCUAGAUUGUAGCGGUAGUGCACGCGGAGAUCGCCAGCUUUUUAUAUUCGAUCAUCCUGAAAUAUGCGACAGGCCGACGCCGGUUCUCGUGUCCAGGCCCGGAUCUAGAGGGGUGGGGGGAAGUGGCAACUUUAUAGGUAUCUACAAUACCUAAUCACAGUUAUAAAUAAACCAGCUUCACAAAUCCUUUCAUAGACAUUAUAGGCUAGAAUGAGACGGUCGUGCUUUG